AAUACAGGCAUCGCGAGUUCGGCGCCGGGCUCGAGACGACGAUAGCAAACAAGCACACUUGACCACCAACCGAUUGCUAGGAGGGCAACACGCCGCCGACACAGCCACCACCACCGCCACCACAAGCACCAAUCCCCAACACAAUAGAAGCCAUGUCUGACCUGGACACAUUCACGCUGCUCCAUCUGCGGAUUGACCCGCAGUCUAAGGCGAUCGGCUCGGCAGGGGCGACAGCAGCAGGGACGACGUCGCGGACGCUAGAGGCGGAGCUGGCGGCGCUCAACGCGCUGCACCGGUCGCUGCACAGCCUAGAGGCGCCGCACGUGGUACCGCCGCCGCCGGUGCCGGUGAACCCGAAGCGUAGCGCCAACGUGACGAAGCUGCGCGAGAGCGGCAACGCCGAGUACCGCAAGCAGCGGUACGGCGAGGCCAUCAAGUUCUACACGCUGGGCCUGCAGAUGGCGCUGACGCGCCCCGCGUGGGAGCCGUCGCAGCUCGUGCGCGAGGAGGUGCACCAGCUGUACAGCAACCGCGCGCAGGCGCACAUGCAGUUGGCCGGAUGGGCAGAGGGCGCCGUCGACGCCGAGGCUAGCGUCGAGGCCAAACGCCAGGGCAACGCCAAGGCCUGGCUCCGCCGCGGCCGCUGCCUCGUCGAGAUGGGCCGCCUCGAGGAGGCCCGCGACUGGGUCGGCAAGGGCCUCGAGGUCGAGGGCCAGGAGAAGGAGCUGCUGGAGCUGCUCAAGGAGGUCGAGGGCCGCAUCGCCCAGGACAAGGCCAGCGGCGCCUGAGCGAGGUUGAGAGGGAAAGCAAGGGAAGAAGAGGCGACAAUGAGAAAAAAAAGAGAAGGAAACAUAUAAAACAAGUUUAAGGGAUGUCGGGGGCGAGCAAGAUGUCGCCCGGUCCGGAACGGGUGAGGCGGCCCGGCUUGUUCGGAGGCGGCGAUGGCAAGCCCUUUGCCUGUCUAGGAUUUAUGGUCUCUAUUAGGUCUGUAGAAAGUACGCGAGAGGGUGGGUAGGUGAUGU